UUAGGGCUGUAUCAAUAUACCGAUAUACCGGUAUAUAUCGAUAUUUUGCUACCUGGCAAUAACCGAUACAGAAGCCAGCCGGUAUUUCGAUACGAGUUGGGUUCGGAAUGCAGCUUAAAACGUCGGGAUCGGUGUUCUAAAAUUAGCUUUAGCAAUGGCGGCGAAGAAAAGUAAAGUUUGGAACUACUUCGCAAAAAAGAAAAAUGAUAACUUUGCAACUUGUAAUAUCUGCAAGGAUAUGGUUGCAGCAUCUGGAGGAACGACUAACCUUAGUGUUCACCUAUUACGCCACCAUAAAAUUAAUUUACAACAUCAAAUUCGGCCGCGUGACAAAAAUAAUAAUGAACCCUCGUGUAGCACAAGUAAGACUAUCGGUGGAGGCGAUGAACCCUCAUCUAACACUAGCAAAACCGUUGAUGGAGGCGAUAAAGAAUCUUCUUCUGGGCGUUUUGUUUCGACUGUUAACCCAUGGAGCAUUGCUGAAAAAAGUAAACUAUCUUCCAUGAAGUCCAAUGAAAUUACCAAUGCUAUUCUAGCAUACAUAGUACAUGAUCUACGACCUCUGAACACCAUUGAAAGUCCUGUAUUUAGAAACAUGAUUAAAGCCAUGGAACCCAGGUAUCAGCCCCCUAACCGACAAAGACUCAGCGAACAACUCAUUCCAGCAUUAUUUGAAACAGAGAAAGCAAAACUUUUUCAAGAAUUACAGAGCUCUCAAGCAGUCUCCCUCACAACAGAUGCCUGGACAUCUAGAUCUGCAGAAUCAUACUUGACAAUAACUUGUCAUUUUGUGAAUAAAGACUGGGAAAUGUGUUCCAGAAUAUUACAAACAGAUAAAUUUCAUGGAUCACACACUGGAGAGAGAGUUGGAUAUGAACUUAAAACCUGUAUGACUAAUUGGGCUAUUCAGAACAAAGUUAAUGUAAUGACUGUUGACAACGCUUCAAAUAUGACGGUUGCCAUAGAGGUUACAGGUGCACAAAAAUUGGGAUGCCUAGCCCACACUCUAAAUCUUGUCUCAAAUAAAGCAAUGUCUAUUCAAGCUUUGCAAAGAGUUCUUGCAAAAGUGAGAUCAAUUGUCACACAUUUUCAUAAAAGUAACAUUGCCACUGAGGUUUUAAAAGAGAAACAAAUUGCCCUGCAGUUACCCCAACACAAACUUAUUAUUGAUUGCAAGACCCGCUGGAAUUCCAAUUACCAUAUGAUUCAGAGGUUUUUAAUUCAGAGGCCUGCGGUGCUUGCGGCACUUCUUGAUGAAAGGAUCAAAAAGUCUAAAGCAUUAAGUGGAAUGACAGAUCAUGAAGUUCAAAUUUGUGAAGAUUUUGUCUCUGUCAUGGAUGUGAUGUUAACAGCUACAUUAGUUCUUUGUGAGGAGAAGACUCCUACCUCUGGACUGAUUUUGCCCCUAGGAAUCCAGUGCUUCGGAUCCACGAACCAAAGGCAAGCCAUGUAUUCAAGCAGAAACUUGGGAAAGACUGGAAGACAAGUUGUCUGUGAUGGACUUAAAUGUUAA